AUGACUGAAGCAACCCUAACGAAUAAUAAUUGGAAACCUUCAAUUAUCCGCACACAAACAAUGCUGAAUAUCUACAGAAGUACGGGAAAUUUACUUGAGAAAUUUGUGGAAAACCCGUCGCCGGAUGAGUCAUCACACAGGACUAAAGCAAUUAUUGAUUUUCCACCCUCGCUUAAAUUUUUAGUUCAGUUCAGAACACUCUUCGCUUGCCGGCACAAAUGUUUCAAGUCGUACUUCACCUCAUAA